GCAUAUAUGUCUUGGUCAGUUAUCUAACUCCUCAUUUUCUCUUCCUUCUUGUAGCUGAAGCCUUUGUUUUUCCCAACUAUCAUCAACGUCGCUGCACCCUUCGACUUUAAUACUUUGUAAGUUUUAGUUUUGUUUCCUAUUUUUUAUAGAUCAUCAAAACGAUGUCUGUCCUAAAACAGUUUGAACACCUAAAAAUACAAUUAGAAGCUAUAGAAUCAGCAACAAACAACUUUUCUAAAGAGAGCUGCAUCGGGAAAGGAGGCUUUGGGAAAGUCUACAAGGGAGAACUCCUCCAUUCGAUGGGGCAUACCACGGUUGCCAUAAAACGUUUAGAUCGUUCAUUUGGGCAAGGAGACUCUGAGUUUUGGAAGGAGGUGAUUAUGCUUUCAGUUUACAGGCAUGAAAAUAUUGUCUCCCUCUUGGGGUUUUGUGAUGAGAAAGGCGAGAAGAUCCUUGUGUAUGAGUAUUCAUCCAGAAGAAGUCUCGACUUACAUCUGAACAACAAGGAUCUAACGUGGGUUCGACGCCUUACGAUUUGUAUUGGUGCGGCUCGUGGAAUAGCAUACCUUCACAAUCCAGCAGGUACUCAACAAAGAUUAUUGCACAGAGAUAUUAAAAGUUCCAACAUUCUCUUAGAUGACAACUGGAAUGCUAGGAUAUCCGAUCUUGGUCUAUCCAAAUUUGGUCCAGCUAACCAGAACUACACAUUCCUUGUCACUAAUAAUAGAGUAGGCACUAUUGGGUAUUGUGAUCCGCUAUAUUUAGAAUCUGGGAUACUAACAAAGGAGUCGGACGUUUACUCAUUUGGUGUAGUCCUGUUUGAAGUUUUGUGUGGGAGAUUGUGUUUUGAGAGCUAUGAUAAGCCUCAAUCUUUUACUCAACUGGUACGAAAGCAUUACAGACAAAAGAACCUAAAUGAAAUUAUUUGGGGUGAUAUAAAGGAGGAAAUACAUCCUACUUCUUUGGAGGUUUUUUCAGCGAUUGCUUAUCAAUGUUUAAAGAAUGACAGUGAAAAACGUCCAUUGAUGGAGGACGUCGUGACCAAACUUGAAAUUGCCCUUGAAUAUCAAGUUAACGAUACCGAUAUCUCACCUGUACCUCAAUUCCAGAGUUAUAAGCUUCCUGGAGACAACGAUGUAAAUAACUACCCCUACGUAAGUGACUACCACUGGUAGCCGGAACAGAUUGGUGUUCAAGUACUCCCUAUGCUGGUAUUUCCUCCCAACGCCAAGGAAUGUGUAGUUUUGGUUUGCAGGAUAAUAGUUUGAUGCUGGAAUAAGAGUAACAUGGAUCUUAUGCAGGGAUCAGUAAUGGCAUGCAUGCUUACAGAGUUUUGAUUUAACACUUUUAUUAUUAUUAGAUAUUCAUAUGUGUUUGUGUUUUUUUAUCUUUGUGCUGGCCGGUUCUUUUAUGAAAGCACUCUCCCAAUCUUAUUA